AUGGAUUCGGAUGCUUUGGACACAGGACGUGAGAGAGCUUAUCAGUUGGCGAUUAUCACUGCGCUUAUCAUUGCUGUCCUACCAUUCGUAGCAUUUAUAGCACUAACACCAACUGUAAACCAAUAUAUCAGUACUAUCAGUUAUCAGCUACAAAAUGAUUUCUUUUUCUGCGAGGAAACUGCGUUUAAUUUUUAUGGUUAUACUAGUAUGAAUAAAAAUUAUGGCGGAAAUGUCGAUGAAGUAGGAAACAAAACUAGCAGCGCUUUGGAGCUAAACACCAUAUUCGAGUAUUUGAAUUGCUCUCAGAAUUCCGAGAAAUGUCAGGACAAAUGGCGACAAGCUAGUCGAAAAGUUCGCAGUAUACCUAUUGAGGUACUAGAAGAAGUGCCAACAGCAGCAACUUUUCUCGUCAAAUACGCCCCAUCUUCGAAUACAGCCGAACCAGAACAUGCAAUUGCGCAAAAUGUCGGCCAAUUAAACGAAGUGACAGUGGCGGAAAUUGAUUUCCAACAGUCUGUUAUUAGGAAAAUGGCAGAAGAUUCUAGUGUCAUUUGGCAUAAUGAUGGUACUGAAGAGGUUACAGCAGAACCUGAAGCAUCACUCUUCCGUACUUAUAGAUUCAUAUCCUCGACUACAAACUAUCUGCAAGAAUUGUCGGUGACACAUCCACCUGUGUCACAAGUUAUGCAAAGUGAUACGACCAGAAUAAGCAGCGAUGGUCGGGAGUGCAGGUGUUCUGCUCUGCCUGGGCCUAAAGGUUUGCCAGGACGUAAAGGACUUAAAGGUGCUCCCGGUGCCCAGGGAGCUCCUGGAUUCCCUGCACGGAUGCCCUGCGAGCCACCAAUUGACGUGAAAAAAAUAUGUGCCGACCCAUGCCCAGUCGGUAAACAAGGGAAACAAGGACCAACGGGAUCCCCGGGAGAUAAAGGUGCAACGGGAAUCCCUGGUGUCCACGGCAAAAAUGGCAAGGAUGGAAAAAUUGGUCCUACGGGACCAAGAGGUCCACCAGGAAUUCCAGGAUUGGACGGAGAUAUAGGUGAUCCAGGGAUCGAUGCGACACCGACACCAUUCAUUCCCGGACCUCCUGGUCCAAGUGGUGAGGUUGGACCUGUUGGACCACCCGGACCACGUGGAAUGCCUGGAAUUGAUGGACCGCCAGGACCAACAGGUAAACGUGGACUUCCGGGUGAGGAUGGACUAUCUGGAAAUCGAGGAUCCCCAGGAUUACCUGGACCAGUCGGAAAAGUUGGACCAGAUGGAAAUGUUGGAGUUUGUCCAACGUACUGUGCCACGGAUGGCGGUGUGUUCUUUGUCAAACCUCCGGAGUGGUUCGAAGAUUGA